UCUAAAGAUACUGAAUUCAUUGUAUCCAUAAAUUUUUAUAUAUUUAUAAACUUUCGUCCAAUUUGACAUUGAACACGGAAGUGCGCAUGUAUCUCUAUAUUUUAUAUUUGGAAAUUUGUGGAAGACUACAAUCAACAUAAGGAAUUUUUGAUAUAUACCUAAGGUUUUUACAAAAACAGAAGUAAACGCAAAUAUGUCUCAGAUUCGUGUGCGCGAGACACCAAAGCGAGCUAGCGUUGUGGUCUCUGUGCCUCCACUGGUUAAGAAGUCCAGCAAGAGUCGUUCGUUUCAUUUCCGUUACUUGGAGCUGUGCCGUGCCAAGAACUUAACACCCGUGCCAAAUUUACGCGCCAAUGUCAAUGAGUUUAACAUCUUGGAGCUUUAUGGCGAUAAGGUGGGCGUGAGUGACUGGCUGCUCAUAAUCGAGGCUUUGCAGCAUGAUCUGGUGCUUCAAACGCUUUUCCUACGCAUGCGCCGUUCCAAUGGAAACUAUCCUGUUCAGCCCAUUGAUACUGAAAAGCGUGCUCGUCUCUUUCGGCAAAAGCCAGUUAUCUACACACGCUUCAUUUUCUACAGCCUAGUGCAGGCUAUUUCCAAUUGUAUACAGGUCAACAAGAAUCUGACUAUACUUAGGCUAGAGGGUCUACCACUGCAGGAUUGUUACAUAGAGCUAGUUGCCAAGUCGCUCGCUUCCAAUGAUUGCCUGAAGGAAAUAAGCUUCCAAAGGUCUUACAUUGGUGAUAAGGGCUGUGAGUUGGUCUGCAGCACCGUCAAGUAUUUGAACCAUGUGGAAAUAUUCAACAUUGGUGAAUGCAAUAUAGGCUCCAAGGGUGCAGAAUAUGUUGCUGAUAUGAUCAAGAUGCAAAAGAUUUCACGCUUUUCGGAGGGCUGGGAGAAGUCGUUGCGCUAUCGCAGCGUCGACAUUAAUUCAAUUUCAGGUUUGCGCUAUAUAUCGUUAGCCAACAAUCCCAAUGUUGGCGAUGACGGUAUACGCCCGAUAGCCGAGGUGCUGAAAGAAGAUGCCUGGGUAAAGUGCAUCGAUCUGGAGUGCUGCGGUCUAACUGAUCGUGGUGCCAACAUACUAUUAGACUGCCUAAGUUUAAAUAAUGCCAUCACCGAUCUCAAUAUAAGCAAAAACGAAGGGAUGAGCAAGAUUUUAGCUCGCCAAAUUCGCGAUCAACUGGGCAAAGAGGAUGAGGAGAAGCAGCAAGAGCCGCAGUAUGAUUUUAGCUGCAUUAAUGGUCUGCAAAGCUUGCCCAAGGGGCAGAAGUUUACCAUUUCUCAGCUGCUCACCCAUACCAAGACAUUGGAGGAACAGUUGUCCUUUGAGCGCACAUUGCGAAAGAAGGCCGAGAAGCUGAAUGAGAAGCUUAAUCAACAGCUUAUUUAUCUUGAACAAAGCAUGACACAGCUGCCAACAUCAGCCACAAGCACCGCUGUUGCACCCAAUUUGCCAAAUGGUUAUGUGUUGGUAAAGAACGACUCACUGCAAUCUGUGAUUAAAAAUACUCAUUAUGCCAAGUUGCCGCCCAAUAGCGCCGUCAGCAGCGCAGAGACAACUCCACGCGAUAUUCCCACUAUGCGUAAACAGCAGCUGCAACAACAGCAACAGCAGCAGCAAUUUGGUGCGCCUGAAAUACAGUCACAGACACUACGACAGGCCAAUUAUGAAGAAAGCGAUGAGGGCUAUUCUAUGAUGGGUGCUGAUCAGCAGCCACGCCAGCCUUUGCAGGUACGCAAGGUGCGCAGUGAGAUGAAGUACGUAGAGGCGAUGACUAAGGACAAUGCUAAGAAGCGCGAGUCCAAGUCGGAUCACGAGUUUGCCAACGAGCGCGAUUUUAAGCUGAAUCCAAAUGUUGAAUUCGAACAAGAUAUUGGUGAUGGCGCUAUGAUGCAAUCAAACCGUAAGCGCUAUGAGAAUGCUGGAGACGGCGAUAUGGAAACAAAUUAUUCGAAUGAACAGUAUGAACGCGAGCUUAUGCAGGCACACAACAAUAUGGGUUAUGAGCACAUUGGUGAUGGUCUUGGCCACGAGCAGCACGUCAAGCUGAGUAAAAUGCAAAAGCGUUUUGCCAACAUGAAAAACAACCAAAUGGGUAUAUACAUGGCUGAGCUAGAGCAUAAGAUUAAUGGCAAAUCCGGAAAGAAGCGACACAAGUCGAAAAACACAGAUAAACAGGAUAAUCAUGUAUAUGAGUCGCCUACGGAAGCUAAUCGCAUUCAAAUCGAUUCGUACAUGUCAAACAUGGAUAAUGGACCAAUAGAUAAUACUGGAGGUGAUUCAGAUGCUGAAGUAAGCACAUUACGUGGACAGGUGUGCAAUACUUUUGCGAAUUCGCCGAUGAAUGUCUUUGUGCGGCGCACACAUUCCGAGAUGGAUACCCUAGAGGUGCAAGAGGACAAUAGUGACACAUCUGAGGAUCAAAUGAUAUCUCCGCGCGCUAAGUUCAUGGAAAUGCAGAGGAAAAAGAAUGAAAUGACCCAUUAAAUGCAAGCACUGAAGCCGUAUCCAACACUAUUCCAAUACUGAUAAAUAAUGAAUAUUUUCCUAACGUCAAUUUGUGGCACAAAAUUUAAGGUAGCAUCAGGCAAAGGUUUGCCGUGUCCAACAAGUGGAAGUGUUAGGGAUUAUUACUUUGUUUUGGAUUUGAGCUUUGGGUGCAUAGUUUAUUUCACCGAUCGCGGCUCCAGGAUAACAAUAAAACAAAAAAUAAAACCAACAGGUGCUGCAACACAGAAAAACAUUGUAGACAAAAUGUAAUAGCAAUUGAAAACGUGCGCUUUUUAUAAGUGAUUUAUUAGCAUUCAAUUUUGUUUUACUAAGAGCAGAAAUCUUUCUAUGCCAAAUGCAAAUACACUUUACACGAAAGUUUCAAGCAUAAAUAUGUAGUAUAUGUCAAA